CUCGAAUUGGCCAGCACUGUGACCCUUAAAAGGCACUGAUUUGAGGGGCAUGGUGGCCCAAGAUGGAAAGGAGGCCAAGGGGAUCUUUGCCUCCGUUCCUACUGCCAAGCUUGGUACUUUGAACUUGUCAGCCUUAGAGACAGCCGCCUCGCAGCACAACCUUCAGGUGCUUGAUCUCAAAGACCACAAGAUCUCUGCCAUUCCCAAAGAGGUUGUCAGUGCUUUUACGCAUGUCAAGGUCUUGGAUUUGCGAAAGAAUGCGUUGGAGGAACUAUUGAGAGAUAUUUCCUUGAUGCAUGACUUGGAGGACUUGCUCCUGGACCAAAAUCGGCUUCGGGAACUUCCUGAUGAGGUAUGCCUCUUGCCGAAUCUCAAGGCUUUAUCAGUUAGUCAAAACUUGCUGAAAACACUCCCAAAGGCUGUGGGGUCUAUGAAGUCACUCAAAAGUCUCAAUCUGGGUGACAAUUUCAUAGAAGAAAUUCCAAUGGAAUUGGGUCAGUGCAGAGAGCUGCAAACACUGUAUUUGCAUCACAAUAGUUUUACGAUCCUGCCAUCUAGCAUGGCGCUCCUGGAGAACUUGCAGGAAUUAGCGCUUGAAUGGUUCAGGUACACAACACCUCCGCUGCCGCGUGUCAUCAAAGGCUCAGAAUGGCAGCAGAUCAUCACCAAGCUCAGAGAAUUGUGCCGGGACAAGAAGGACGGCCGGGUAACUUGCAUCGAGGUCCUUUCGGAGUUUUCACAGAAGGCAUUUGAUGCAAACGCCAUUGAUUCCAAGCGACGAACCAGGCUUCAUGUGGCAUGCCUGGAAGGGCAUGUCGGUGUUGCCCUUGCUUUGGCUGAAAUGACGCAGUCAAAGAACGACUCACUAGACUGCGAAGGAUAUUCACCGUUGCUGGUAGCCGUGCGGGAGGAACACCCAGACAUAGCAAGUGCUUUGGUCAGAACUGGCGUCGAAGUAAAUCGCGGUGGUGGCCUUUUCGGGUCUCCGCUGCACGUUGCAACCGUGAACUUUGACCCUCAAAUGGUGAUGCUUCUCAUUCGGGGCAAAGCAGAUGUCAACCAAACUGAUGCCGAUGGCAACUGUCCACUUCAUGUGUUGAUGUCUGUCUUUGACAAGGGGGGAAAACGUGCUGCGACGAUUGGAAAGAUCCUUUUGCAGCACAAUGCUGACUGCAACAUGAUGAACAGUGACAAGUGGGCUCCAUUACAUCUUGCUGCGAGAAGAGGCCAGCUCCGGGGGAUUGCCUUUGUGCUGAGUAACCUGGAUACCGCCGACGCAGCCUGCCAAAAGGGAGAAUGCAAUCACGAGGCAAGCAAGAAGCAGCUGCCAAAAAUUGCGGCCAGAAUCAGAACCUGCCCACGCGCAUUCGAUCUCAACCUCAGGGGUGGCUCACACUUGUGGACGCCAUUGCAUCUCGCCGGACAUGCCUGCCACGUCAAUGUUGUACAAGUUCUGAUCGAGGCAGGCUCAGAUGUUUUUCUGAGAAACAUCGAUGGGAGAACCGCAAGGCAUGUUUCCAGAGGAAAUCUUGCCAUCUCGAAGCUUCUCAGGAAAGCCGAGGACGAGUGGCUAUGGUAUCGUAUUCAUCAAGGCUUCUCUGACAUGAAGGAGACAGUGAAACCAAUGGGAGAUGUGAGUGCUGCUGCUGAGCCCUCUGCUGACGUUACAGCUUCACCACGGGAGAUCUCCAAGGUCACGCAUGAGAUCUUGGACACCUUCAAAGUGGACGAAGAAGAAGAUGAUCCGAUUGAGGAGAUUGCCAAAAACAUUGAAGGUCCGGCCAAAAGAGGUUCUGGCAGCACUGCGCCAGCUACCCCACAAGGCCCUCCAGAUCCUGCACGGCCGCAGCUAAGAACAGCAUCAAGGCCCAAGAUGCAGAGGAUCACUGAAAAGUGCCAAGACUCUUACUUUUCCAAGGAAGAGCUUCAAGCCCUUCAAACCAUGAACUUUGGGAAGCCUGCUCAGGGAGGCAAAGAGGUCUUUGUAGAGGAACUCAGCAAACUUUUGCAGACUGGGCCAAAGCAGCGACUGCCCUACUUGCUGUCAAAACAAUGGGUCAAGGAGAUUAUACCAGAAGUGGUUGCGGACGAGGAAAACCACGCCCUACUUCUUGAUCCAGACCUUGUUUGCAACGAGGACUUACUCAGAUUGCUUGUCAGCAAUUUGCCAUUAGAGAGGCUGAGCAUGCUUGGCAGCAUGCGGAGCAGCGAUCAGGACACAUUGCUCCACAUUUUGUGCAGAGGCGUGCGUGCAUCAGCAAGCUCUGCUGCCGACACGUUGUUGUUCCUUCUGAUGGCAUGUCCUGACAACACCUUUGACUUGGAGGCAAGGGAUCUAAGAGGGCAAACAUGCUUGCACCUUGCAUCACAAAGUGGAGAUCUAGGCCUUGUGCAGGUCUUGCUGGACAAUCGAGCGCAACCAAACGUGCAAGAGGAGACGACUGGCUGGACUCCGCUUCACUUUGCAGUUUCGAAGGCUCAUUACAGCAUCAUUCUACAACUGCUGCAGCAUGGAGACACCGAUGUCAACCAGGUAGACAAGUUUGAGUGGCCUCCUAUCCUGGAAGCGUGUUCCAGGCUUGAUGCUCGAGCCACAUCCCUGCUAGUAAAUGGCAAAGCCAAUCUGUCUUUCCGGAACCAGCACCAGUUUGACGUUUUGAAGGCAGUGGACACAUCAAAGAAGGACUUGGCCGCCAAGCGGUGGAUGUCGUGCUUGGUGGUAAGCAACGGCUUCCGAUUUCAGGAGACCACCGUGCAGCUGACUGCUGAGGACCGGGAUACUCUGCAACGGGAACAUGCCUUUUUCAACAGCCGGACCAUUCCAGCCACACGUCCUCCUUUCUUUGUGCCGGAUCACCUGGCCCCACGAUGUCACAACUGCAAGGUUCUUUUCUCUGGUUCAGUUCGUCGCUACCAUUGCCGCAGUUGUGGGCUGGUGCUUUGUGGCAACUGCUUCAAAUGGAGGGGUAUUACGGUUGUCCCACUGGAUGAGAGAAUGGCGAUCAAGGUUGGACCUUUGAAUGAGAGCCGCUUGACGGCUGCAGUCGAGAUGUCACUGGGUCGAGAUCGAGGAGUUGGAAAUGCCUCUGGUGCUCCGUCGCAAAAAGCGACAAGCUCAACCGUGGAGGUUGGUCAGGUAGAUGCUGUGGCAAAGUCUGCAGACAUUGAGACCCAGGCUGGAAGUGAAAGAUUUGCUGAAGGUGGCUCGGGUCUAAAUCGAGAACGUGGUGGACACAUGGCUUCCAAUGGGCUAAAUGGCAAUGCGCAGAUGGUUCGACUCUGCGCCCAAUGCUGCACUUUCUUUGAGGCAGGAGUUGGGGAAACGUAUUCCAUGCAGAGGAAAUCAAGUGUUUCGACGAUGCUUUAGUAGCCUCUCCUGGAUGCACGCAGCAAUUUCCUGGGCCUCGCCUUGUGUCACUUGAGACGUGAAAGCUGUACAUAGCAUGUGAUGGCUUGUAGCAUGUUCAGUGCUGAUGCGUUGCUCUGCUUUGUUUGACUCUUGAACGC